AUGAUUGAGAGCGAGAGACUAAACUACAUACGUUUUCAACAAAAAAAUCUAAGAUCUGAUACCUAUGAAAGUCUCCGGAAAUUGAGAAAUAAUGGUCAGCAAGAUAUAUCUAAUGUUGGUACACCUCUUAUAUUGCCUUCUUCAUUUACCGGUGGAGCUAGAUAUAUGAUGCAAAACUAUUUAGAUGCAAUGGCUUUAUGUAAAUGGUUCGGUUAUCCUGAUUUUUUUAUGACCAUUACAUGCAAUCCCAAGUGGCCAGAGGUAAAACGGUUUCUUAAAGACACCACUCUGAAUCCAGAAGAUAGGCCUGAUAUCCUAUCAAGGUUAUUUAAAGUCAAGCUGGAUGCAAUUUGUAAAGAUUUAAAGGAAUGUCAUAUGUUGGGAAAAGCAGCAGCAAUUAUUUAUACAAUUGAGUUUCAAAAACGUGGCUUGCCUCAUGCGCAUUUGUGCUUAUUCAUGGAACCAGAAGCUAAACUUCCCACUGUUGACCAAGUUGAUCCGUUCAUAUGUGCAGAAAUUCCAAAUAGAGAUGAUGACCCAGAGUUGUAUACGCUUGUGAAGGAUUUUAUGAUUCAUGGACCGUGUGGUAAUGCUAAUAUGAACUGCCCAUGUAUGGUUGAUAAACAGUGUUCAAAAGGUUUUCCUAAAAGAUUUCAAGAUACUACGACAAUUGACGCCAAUGGUUUCCCAUUAUACAGAAGGAGAGAUGAUGGAGCAACAGUUGUCAAAAACCGGAUCGAGUUAGAUAAUAGAAGUGUUGUACCAUACAACAAAAAGUUAUUGAAAAAGUAUCAGGCACAUAUAAACGUGGAGUGGUGCAACCAAGCUGGGUCAAUUAAAUAUUUGUUUAAGUAUAUCAACAAAGGUCCUGAUAGAGCAACAGUUGCUGUUUUGCAUAGUGAUAAUCAUAAUGAACAACAUGAAAAAGAUGAGAUUAAAGAGUAUUAUGACUGUCGGCAUAUCUCAGCAUGCGAGGCAUCAUGGAGGAUAUUUAGUUACGAUGUAAAUUACAGAUAUCCUUCUGUUACCAGACUUCCAUUCCAUCUUCCAGGUCUCCAACCGGUUGUCUUUGGAGUAGACGAAGACAUCAAUUCUGUUCUUAACAGGCCAUCUGUCAAGUGUUCUAUGUUUAUGUCUUGGAUGGAAAGGAACAAAGACCCUGAUGACCAUUUGGCGCAUGAUGACAAAGAGUACAUCGAAGCAAUUAAAGAAGCAAAUGAAACAGCAACAGCUUCGUACGUACGAAAUUUAUUUGGCAUGAUGCUAUUGUCGAAUACUAUGUCAAGACCGGAGAUCGUAUGGGAAAGCACGUGGAAAUACAUGACAGAUGAUUUCAUCUACAGAUAUAGUAAACUACAUUGUGUUCAAGGUUUAUCAAUUCCAGACGACGAACUUAAAAAUUACGCUUUGUUAGAAAUUGAAAAGUUUUUAGGUAUGAAUAGCUCAUCGCUACGGAACUUCUCAACAAUGCCUUUUCCAGAUUCUUCUUCGUUAUCUGAUCUCGAUAAUCGUCUGAUUAACGAGGAGCGUACUUACGACGUAUUAAGUCUCGCAGAGGAAUAUGUUAAUCUGUUUAAUAUGUUAACUGAAGAACAAAGGUCGGUGUUUGAAGAGAUAAUGAAAUCUGUUGAUGGUAACACUGGAGGGAUGUUUUUUGUUUACGGAUAUGGUGGCACCGGGAAAACCUUUUUAUGGAAGACGUUGUCUGCUGCACUUCGAUCAAAAAGAGAAAUUGUAUUAAAUGUUGCUUCGAGUGGAAUUGCAUCGCUGUUAUUGACAGGCGGCAGGACUGCACACUCCAGAUUUCGUAUUCCUUUGAAUCUUAAUGAGGAUUCGGUAUGUCAUAUAAAAGCAGAUAGUGAUGUCGCUAAAUUGUUGCAUCAGACCAAACUUAUUAUAUGGGAUGAAGCACCUAUGGUCCAUAAACAUGCGUUUGAAGCCUUGGACCGCACGAUGAAUGACAUUUUCAAUUUCGACACCUCAAGAAAUUUUGAAAUCUCAUUUGGUGGUAAGGUUAUUGUUUUUUGUGGAGAUUUUAGACAAGUACUUCCCGUUGUUCGAAAUGGUGGAAGACAAGAGACGGUGAACGCAUCAUUAAGUUCGUCUUAUUUAUGGAGUAAAUGUAAGGUGCUAACGUUGUGA